CGGCACUUUCCCAAUCAAGAUGGACUUGAAAAGUCUCGCAUAAUAUGUAAGAAACACUUCCAAGUUUUAAGUGCCUUACCUAUUACCUUGUACCUGCCAAUGCACCCGGGGUACCCCGCCAAAUAUAGCCUUAGUUCUUUACCAGCUUUGACUACUUCCUUGAAGGUUGAUCUCUGAGCUAUUUGCAACUGUUUCGAAAGUGGAAAAGGAGGUUAUCCUCAUAUUUUUAGUGCGAGAAUAUCGCGUAACUACCAAACUUUAACUAUCUCGGAUCCAAUGCUUUAACAUCGGAGUAUGCAAUAUACUCUAGGUCCGGUAUGACUGCCUCGUGUGCAGUUAAUAACAUAGGCGCAUGUACUUCCAAUAGCCGUUGUUGCCUUAGGCCUUCACAGAGGCCAGCUUUUAUGGUGCACGGAUCUAGGUUGCAUCGAGCUGCAUCUAUGUUUCCUAACCAAAGAAUAUGUCACAUCGUCAGGCAUCUCCCACCAGGCUCAUCUAUCGCUCCUAUCCAAAUACGGAAGUCCUUGGUCUAAGCUAGUUAUCGAGGCUGAGGUUACGUUGAUUUGCCUUAUGACGGACACAGACUCGGAUGCAGAGCCGGAUAGCACUCCGGCCACGCCGGCGCUGCAGACGCCGCCUAGGAGCGCCAAGCCAGAAGAGUAUCAUCACCCCUGGUCAUUAUACCAUGCCGCCGCAACUCCUCAAUCAUCACCACCAGCUUCACCAUCCUUGCCGUCCUUGCGUCUUCAUUCCUUGGGCAUGUCUCCGUUUUCUCCAGCGCGUCGCCAGUUUUCAUCGCCCCUUAUUAAAUCAGCAUCCGCUCUACAUCUAGCUGAGGCAGGCCGGCCCGGACGAGAAUCUGUUGUACAAGACAGCAAAGAUGUCCUCGUGCAGCGACUAAAUGAUCUCGCCGCUCAGCUGAGCAAACAGGAUAAUAUCCAAGAGCACAAUGUCAAUAGUCUCCAUGCGAAAGUGGAUGAGAUGGAAAAGGCCCUAUCCACGAAAGACUAUCCGCCAAGUCGAAGAUCUCUAAGGUCUAGACCUAGCAGCCUGAUACUCCGGGAUAACAGAAGUGAGCGCGACUCCUUUUGGGGACCGCUAACACCAGGGCAUACGAUGCCCAGUAUUUCGACCACGCCGUUGCCUACAUACGCAUCUUCAUCAACCCAAACUGAAGGAAGUCAAACUGAAGGAAGUCCUAGCACUCCCAAAGUCGCUGCCGCUAAGGGGUCUCAUAUGUCGGCAGCGCAGGCUAAUCGAAUCGCCACAGAAGCACAAAAUUUGUGCAAGGAACUGGAAGAGGUUGUCUCGGGUCUACGCGCUCGGCAGGAGGAGACAGAGCAUAUUCACGAACUGUUUAUCACACGUGCGGAACGCGCCGCGCAGAGAAUCAUUCAUCUCGAAAAGCGGGUUAAGGAGCUCGAAUGUGAGCGAAACGAAGGUGAGAUGGAGAUGCUUAGCCUACAGAUUCAGCUAAAGGCGAUCGAGGUGCAGUGCUUAAGCUACGUGCCGAAAGAUGCCGAUGAGGAACUGCGAGAAAGCAUCUCUGCAUGGAAAACAGAGUGGUCUGCCUUAAAGCGGAAAAGAGCCCGGAGAAAAGCUAGCGCAGGCGAAGAUACCGGAACAAUAGGAACUCCCACCAGACAGUCGAGGAAUACGUCUUUUCCAAGCUGAAUUAGUACAUAGGUACUAUAUUUGUACAUCAUUACCUGCUGAAGGUGUCUGGCGGUCUAGGGGUAUUACUUAGAGGGGCAAACAACGGUGCCGAUCAUACGUAUAAUACGUAUAUUCAUCAGCUUGGAGUUGCCCAGCAGGCGCUCAGCAUUGUAUAUAUGUCAGUGUAACCAAGGCUGACUGAAGGAAUUUACAAAAUCAGACAACCUCGACAACCUUACCGAGCAUCUCGUGGUGCUACGUUAUACAGGAAUUAGCACAGGUUGCACAAGUUGCGCAGAUCCGCUUUCAGUUAUAAAAUGCGCAAACAACGAGCUGCUCGGUAAGACAAGGAAGACGAGAUGGUUUCAUCUACUGCUUGACUCGUCUAAGGUUCGAGUAUUACGAAUAUUAUGCAGUACAUGUACGACGCACCACAUGACCUAUCGCAUCGCCGACUUAAUGGUUCAGCGGAUUCGAUGCGACUAGGGGGACACGCGGGUGCCCAACAACCGCGGAAUGCCGGCAAAAAUCAUUUAUCACAUUGCAUCUUAACUUAGCGAUUAGAUCAUUGAUACGAAUAUACAU